UUUUUAAUCUGUCAUUGAAUUUAACCCAGGCAAUCUGUCAUUCUAAAAUUUCAUUUUCUCUUAAUUCGUCUGGCUUUUUAAAAUUUAGAGAUGGAUCCAAGGUUAAAAACUUGUUAACAAUAUGUAUUUUGUGAAAUCUGUGAUUUAAUGAGUAGAUAAGUUAAGAAAAUCGGUGAUCAUCAUGAGUGUUUUCAAGUCGGCUAUGGGGUACUUCAGCUCUGGAGGUGCCAACGGUGGCAGUGAUAAUGAUUUUGUUGGCCAAUUCGUUGAAAUAGGGAACAUGAAACUGAGAGUGAAGAAAGUAAUCGCCGAGGGUGGUUUUGCAUUUGUAUUUGUUGCUCAAGAUGUAUCGUCAGGGGCAGAGUAUGCCUUGAAAAGGCUAAUGGCUGCAGAUGAACAGGCUAAUAAAAAUAUUAUACAAGAAAUUAGUAUAUUAAAGAAACUAUCUGGGCAUCCUAACAUAAUUAAAUAUAUAGCUGCUUCGUUUAUUGACAAAUCAAAGACCAGCCAUGGGAUGGGGGAGUAUUUACUAUUAACAGACCUAUGUAGCGGUGGCAGCUUGAUGGAGGCGUUGCAAAAUAGAGGGCAGGCAUUCCCUCUUCCCACAAUCCUUAGGGUAUUCUACCAAACAUGUAAAGCAGUCCAACAUAUGCACGCGCAAGUGCCUCCUAUAGCACAUCGUGAUCUCAAAUUAGAAAAUUUCUUAAUAUCAAAUGAAGGCACAAUUAAGUUGUGUGAUUUUGGAUCGGCUACAACUGAUGUGUUUGCUCCUAAUCCUUCUUGGAGUGCAAAUCAAAGAAAUAUGUUGGAAGAAAAUUUGGCUCAAUUCACUACACCAAUGUAUAGAGCCCCUGAGAUGCUAGAUACUUGGGACAAUCAUAAAAUAGACCAUGAAGUGGAUAUUUGGGCCUUAGGAUGUAUAUUAUACACAUUGUGCUAUAUGCAACAUCCUUUUGAAGACUCUGCAAAGUUGGCCAUACUGAACGGAAAUUAUAAUCUUAACCCCAAUGAUCAACGCUAUAAAUGUUUCCAUGAAAUUAUAAGUGGUUGCCUGACAGUGAACCCGGAGGUGCGGCUGCCGAUCAGCAGCGUGCUGGAGCGGCUGGCGGCGAUAGCUGAGUCCAACAACAUCAAUCUCAAGCAACCACUCAAAUUUGAGCGUAAAAAAGUUGAACAAUCUGUGGCCACUAGCUCGCCAGCGAACAACGCGGUUCCAAAUAACCAAGAGCCCACAAAUCCUCGGCCGCCAGAGCCGACUCGACCCCCGCCACCCGCUCGGCCCCCCGCCGCACCGCAUUACCACGCCCCUGUACAACAAGCUCCGCCCUCUUCUGGAGGUUUAUUCUCUUCAAUCAAAGAUGGCGCUGGAAGUUUUUUGAAAAAUUUAAAAGAUACCUCGUCUAAAGUAAUGCACACUGUCCAACAGUCCAUAGCCCGUGCUGAUCUAGACAUAAGCUAUAUAACAAGUCGCGUUAUAGUGAUGUCUUAUCCAUCUGAAUUGUUGGAGAGUGCAUAUAAAACUAAUCACAUAGAAGAUGUGAAGAUGUACCUAGAGAGCCACCACCCCGGCGGCAAGUACUGCGUGUACACGGUGCACGACGCGCGCGCUCGCUUCCCGCGCCGCCAGCUGGUCACCGACACGUCGCUGUGGCCCAGCGAGGAGCACCGUGCGCCAUUGCUGGCACCUUACUACGCGUUGCUGCAGCACAUGUACCAGUACUUGGGGAAAGACGACAAGUCCGCACUCGUCAUCGCUUGCCAGGACGGCAAGUCUCGAUCGUGCAUGUUACUGUGCGGUCUGUUGAUGUAUGCGAAGCUGGUGUCAGUGCCGGAAGACGCGCUGCAGAUAUUUGGCGUUAAGAGAGCGCCCAUCAACAUGCCGCCUAGUCAACUACGAUACUUGUACUACCUUAGCAACAUUAUUAGACCGGAGCCAAUACUCCCACACUUUAGGCCUGUGUCAUUAGUUUCUCUCACCGUACAACCUGUACCAUUAUUUACUAAAGCGAGAGACGGGUGCAGACCGUUUCUUGAAGUUUUCAAUGAAGACAGAUUGAUUUCACCCCCCUUAAGAAGCUAUGAAAGUAUGCAUCUAUAUAACAUGGCUGAAGGAAAGGUGACUCUACAGCUGGAUAGCACGGUGGUGGGCGAUGUGACCAUCUUGCUGUACCACGCCAGACAACAGCUGGGCCGCUUGCAGCGCGUGCCCAUGCUCUCGGUCGGCUUCCACACCGGCUUCCUGCGCUACGACCAGCACGCUAUCAAGUUUACCAGAUCAGAAAUCGAUGGUAUAGACGAAACAAGUGCAGUGAACGAUCACUUCUCUUCCAACGUGACUGUAGUGAUAAGUCUCGUGGUACAAAAUGGAGAACGUCGUAAACCGCGUAGUGAUCUCUGGGAGGAAGAUCACUCCUUCCCCAUUCGGACACCGGACGUUUUAUUCUCAACUUCAUUAGAAAGAGACGAGACCAUAGACAACUUUGUGACCGCAGACUAUCCACCAAAGGAGGUAGAGAAGCGACCCCCGCGCCCCGCGCCGCCCGCCCCGCACCGUCCCCCGCCCGCCGACACACACACACACACGGCGGACUUCUUGAACAUAGCCUCGGAGAAACUCUCUCAGCAGAAGCCAGAAGCUAAGAAGGAGAAAUUGAAGAGCGACGAGUCGUUCGACUUCUUCGGCAUGAUGGAGAAACCCGCGGACGAGUCGUUCGGUGACUUCCUCAGCAGCAAAGCGACUGAUAAUUCGCAGCCAUUCUCCGAAUCGUCGAUCUUCGGUGACCUGCCAGCGCCGCCGACCACCACGUCGAGCAAGGUUAACUCUAGCGACCUCAACUUUGACCCGUUCGGCUUGAACGAGCCCUUGCCCAAGCAGGAGCCCUUGCUAGCGCCGCUCAUCAAAGAAGAAUUGCGGCCUCAAACCAUACAAGUGGAGCAAGCCCAGAACAAGCGCGACCCGUUCGCUGACCUGGGUAUGCUGGGUGCAGGGUUGGCCACCACUCCCGCAGCCACGCCAAUGGUGACGCCGAUGGUCACGCCCAUGGUUACGCCCAUGGUGACGCCGAGGGACUCGCCGGCGCACACGCCUGCCCAUCAACCACAUACGCCGGCCAGGUCGCCGGCACACCAACCUGAUUAUAGCCGAACGCACUUCGAAACGGCGAAGACGCCGGCCGGUCAAGAGGAGAAGGGCAAGAAGUCGUCGGACGUGUUCGGGGACCUGCUGGGCAGCCAGGGGUACGAAUUCGCCAAGCGCGAGACGGGCCCCCGGACCAUGAACGCCAUGAGGAAGGAGGAAAUGGUCAGGGAAAUGGACCCGGACAAGUUGAAGAUACAUGAAUGGACGGAGGGCAAGAAGGCGAACAUCCGCGCGCUGCUGUGCUCGCUGCACGGCGUGGUGUGGGAGGAGUGCCGCUGGGCGCGCGUGGACAUGGCGCAGCUGGUGUCGCCCGCCGACGUCAAGCGCAGCUACCGGAAGGCGUGUCUCGCCGUGCAUCCGGACAAGCAAAUGGGCACGCCGAAUGAGAACUUAGCGAAAAUGAUAUUCAUGGAACUGAACAACGCGUGGAGCGACUUCGAGAACGACGCCAAACACCAGAACCUCUUCCAAUCGUAAUCACUCAGUAGCUAACGCGAAUACUUUUUUUUAUACUGAUCGCACAUUAUCAACUGUAGGCGUAGCAUGCAUCCACGACAUAUAUAACGAGAAAACACUAAUAAGUUGUCCCAGUCGCAACUUUUUCGUCAACAGAAGGGAAAGCAACGUUUUCGACACUGCCGCUAUUGGUCGACGUUUUUCUCGUCUUCAUAUAUGUCAUGGUGCACAUCGUAGAUUACGUUGCAAGUAGCCGAAUUCUCAAUUUGAAGAUCAUUAAACAAAUGCUCGUGACAUCAACAACAUUUACCAAUUCUCUUUUUACAAUCGCUUUCGCUUCGAUAAUAAAAAUAUUUGGGAAUUACAUUCGUUAUCGAUAGGUCGACGUAUCGACGUACCAAUUGGAUAUGUCAUUUUGAUACAUUUAUUUAUGUUCGAAGCGUUAGCAAUUAUAGGAAAUCGAAAAUUAUAUAGAAUGUAUAUAACAUGGCUAGUGGCAAUGACAUUACAGUUCGUCUAGCAAUAUGCGCGAACUACGCGACAAGAACUUGGUUACGUAAUUUGUCUGUAAUUAUUAUUAUCUGGGCUAUUAAUAUAGCUUUUCGAGCUAGUGCGGAUCAUAUUAACUUGUUGGCCCCAAAUAUUAUGCCGUAACUAAAGUGUAGCGAACUAGAUAUAUGCGAUAAAUAGCUAAAAUUAGAUGUUUAAAUAUCUUGGUCACUUGUCGGUAGACACCAGCACGCCUGGCAUGCCUCAACGGCAUAUUUAGUGACGAGAGAUAUAUAUUAUCGACCAAUAGCGGCGGAUUAGAAACUUUGCUCUCUCUUUUGUGCCGUUGCAACGAAAGAGAGAGCAAUAUUCUCGAUUGAGCCGCUAUUGGUCGACAUUUGUCUUUCUCUCUUGAAAUAUGUCAAGUGCGCAUCUUGGGCCUUCUGCACGCCUAGUAUGCGUAUGCGUAGUAAAGCCAAGUUCGUUGUGG